AUGAUAGAACGAGGGCUGAUUCCCCCAACAGCAAGGAUUACCUUUCAGAAUCCACCCAUUAAACCCCAAGCAAUUCAUCUGCAUAGUUUUGAUGAGCCACGUAAGAUUCCAGCAGAAGGUCAGAAGUCAUACCAAAUUGCAGAAGAUGUGGAAGAGCCUCACAAGAAACAAAAGACAAAGGGGAAAAGUAAAAGGUCAAGAGGACGCCUCGAUAGGAAGGCCAUGAAAAUUACUACACCAGCUAAAUCUGUGAAGUCAUCAUGGGAUUAUGACUUUAUAAUUUAUGAUGGUACCAUAGAUAAGACCGCUCCAGACUUCUUAGCCUUCAAGGCACAUUAUAGCUUAGCCUGGGGAAGUAUUGUUUCUCUCCUGCAACAAAUCGAGAAGUUUCUCAAGGACUAUGCAAUAACGGACGCCAAAGUAAAAGGGAAGAGUUUGGUGGCCCUGCUUCCAGAAUUUGAGCUGAAGAAUAAGCUCACCAGAAAUGACGUUUUGUCUGUGUUAGAGAACCCGCUUCACAUCCAAAUGCUGCUAAACCUGCCGGGACGGAGGUAUCAGGGCCAAGAUGGAAAGAACGAGGCUGCCAUCAAGAUCCAAGCCACAUGGAAAUGUUAUAGGGCGAGAAAACUCUUCAUGUGUUAUCGCCAGAAGAAGUGGGCCUCAGGUGUGAUUGCCCUUGCGUGGCUUUUACAUUGCCAGAAGACAAGACUAAAGAAGAUACUAAAGGAAUCUCGUCAGAGACACCUGGAGAAUUUCCGCAUUCGAGCCAAGCAUCUGGCAGCCAACUGGAGUCGCAUCAGGACCUCCAGGAGGACUAUUAUCCAUAUCCCAUCAUUAGGAUAUGCCCAGCCUGUGCGAAAACACAUUUCUGAUUUGGACAUACAGCAGAACAUGCAGCUGGGGAGGCUGUGUGACAUCCUAGAUGCCAACGUCAGUGUCAUCUACAUCUGCUCCCAUCCUAUGAAUGAUGAGUUAAGGCUGUACUACAGAAAGCUCCUGAGUCUACAAGCAGCUGUCAAAUCGGGGUUCUAUGAGGAUAGGAGUGACCUGCAGAACAGGUUCAGAAUCAUCACCCCUGAAGCUGUAAACAUCUUCACUAUGUUAGAACAGUUGAGCCAAUUGGUGACUGAUCACCUGCAAAUCCGACGCUGGGUCUUUAAAAUGAACAUGGAAUUUGGAGGAAAUGGGACAGCAUUUUGUGACAUCCCUUCCCACCUCCAGUGCUACAAGUGGGCGCUAAAGGAGAGUGACAGAUAUGGCCAUGAAGACUGGAAGAAGAAGUGGGCACAAGAGCCAGCUCUGGUGAAGAUCUCCGAGGAGCUGGCGGGCAUUUUAGCACAGCACGUACAGCCAGUCAAUGAGAAACGGUUCCCAACGUGGAGGAAAUUCCUCCAAACGUUUCUCACUCAAGGUGGCGUGAUUGAAGGAUACCCACCUGCAGACAGUGUCACCAACCUCACCGUAGACAUGUUGAUAGAGCCUGAUGGAGAAGUCAGGGUACUGUCAACGGGGGACCAGUUUCAUGCUGAUGGCCCCUUUAUUUCUUCUGGUACCACCAUGCCUCAGACCUCAGUGGAUCCCCGAGUUCUCAGUUCUUUGUGUCUCCAAAUUGGAAAUGCCUGCAGAAAGAAAGAUGUGAUUGGUUACUUUUCUAUAGAUCUGGUGACUUUUAUUGAUCCAAACACCUUAGAGCAGCAGGUAUGGACAACAGGCCUCAACCUCUCAUACAGUGAUCAGCUAGCCAUGACUCAGCUCACCCUGUUCUUGACAAAUGGCCAUCUGGAUUGUGGUCUGAGCACCCUGGAAGUGCCCCGCUUUGAUCAAGAUACAGAAAGGAAGAAAAAGCGCCUUAGCAUCCAGGCAGAGCUGAACAAUCGGUGUGGAUCUCCAGGGGGUCCUCAUGACCUUUGCUCGCAAUCUCUUCAUCAUCCAUCAAGAAAUAUCAGCACCUAA